AUGAACCAACUAGCAACCAAGUUAGGUUUAUCAUCUGAGCUUCAAUUCUACGAGGUCUAUUCAAUAGAUGAACCUGAACUUAUGACCCAUAUACCGCGACCCGCUUUGGCUUUGCUUGCUGUCAUACCACUUACCCCAGCCUGGGAGCAGGCUCGGAACGCCGAAGACGCCGAAAAGAAUUGGUACACCGGCUCCGGUCCAGACGAGCCAGUUAUCUGGUUUAAGCAAACUAUUGGACAUGCAUGCGGCUCGAUUGGUUUGCUUCAUAGUGCCAUCAAUGGCCCAGCUGCUGAUUUCAUCGAGCCCAGUUCUGAUCUGGCAGAUAUACGAAGCGUUGCUAUACCGCUAGGUAUCACCCAACGCGCCAAGAUGCUGUAUGACUGCGAGCCAUUUGAACGCGCUCACAAGUCCGUUGAGCAAGCUGGUGACAGCCAUGCUCAUCCCGCAAUUGAGCGUGACGGUGGUCAUUUCGUGAGUUUCGUUAAGUGUAACGGGAAACCCUGGGAGCUUGAAGGAUCGAGAAAGGGUCCCCUAGAUAGAGGAAGUCUGGCUGAUGACGAGGAUGUUCUCAGUCCGCGGGCACUUGAACUUGGUAUCAAAAGGAUCAUGAGAAUGAAUGUGGAUAGCGGGGAGGACGAUGUUCAUUUUAGCUGCAUUGCUUUGGCGCGAAGGGUGUAG